AUGUCCCAUGAUGAACUUAGAGGUAAUCUAAUUGCCUUUGAGAAAACUCACUUGGACAGGCAAAUUCAACAAGAAAAUAAGAAAAUAGUUGCAUUCAAAGCAACUGUGGCUGAACCAGAAAAUGAAGAGGAAGAGGAAGGAGGAGAACAAGAUGAAAACAUAGCCAUGCUCUCUCAAGUUAUAACAAGCAUGAUGAGGAAAAACAGAAACAGUAGGAGAGGUACACAAAUUGAUACACUGUUGUUUGAUAUAUAUAAUGAAACAUCUGACAGUAGCUUAGUGGACGAACUGUCUAAGUGCUAUGAAUGUGGGAAACAUGGACACAUUCAAGCUGAAUGCCCCGAACUGAAGAAGAAACUCAGCAGGAACUUUGAAAAGAAAAAGUCUUUCGGAGCCUGGAGCGAUGAAGAGAAAUCUGACCAUAAAGAUAUUGCAAAUAUGUGUUUCGUGGCCAUAAAAAAAGACAACAAUGAGGACUCAGGUGAACUUGGGCUCAUGGUAGACGAAGGAAAGGAUGAGGAGGAAGACUCAGGUGAACUUGGUCUUAUGGCAGACGAAGGAACUAGUAAGAAAAAUCAAAAGGGAAAAAAAGACUUUGCCUUGAAGUUGGAAGUCUGUGAAAUUGAGCGUGAUAUGCUUCAAGAUGAAGUUAAUAAACUUCAACUUCAACUGAAUGGAUUGCGAAAAUCCUCCAGUCAUAGUUCUGUCAAAUCAAAUCAGAGUCUUCACACAUCUUUGAUUAGAACUAGAAAUUCUACUGUGUGCUCCUAUAGCAAAAAUGGCCAUAACACUAACCAAUGCAAGAAUAGAAUCAGAGAAGAAAGAGUCUUUGAAAAUCCUAAUAAUCCUUCCCACUUCUAUUGCAGAAAACUUGGGCACACUUCUAACCGUUGCAUGUUCAAGGACAACAGGAGAUGGGAACAUCGCAAGAAGAAUCGAAAAGGAAAAUGGUAUCUUGACAGCGCGUGUUCCAUACAUAUGAUUGGUGACAAACAGUUAUUCAAAACAGUCACCAAACUAGAUGGAGAAAUAGUUACCUUUGGAGAUAAAUCAAAAGGAAACGUAAUUGGAGUUGGAAAGGUUCCUCUCAGCUCAACAUGUGAUGUAGAUGAAGUAUACCUGGUUGAUGAACUUGGUUACAAUCUUCUCAGUAUCAGUUAA